AACUCUCUGUGGGGUAAACUGGCGCAGAGGAGCAACAUGCUCCAGACAUGUAUAGUGUCUGACCCGGGGGAAUUUUUUAAUUUUUUCUGCUCGGACCUGUACGAGAUUUCCAGCUUCGCGUUUGUCAACGACGAGGUCGCCCUCAUCCGCUGGCGUUUCAAGUCUUCCUACAAAGUGCCGCCGGGAAAGACUAACAUAUUCACCGCGUGGGGCCGGUUGACGCUUUACAAAGAACUGGAAAAAUUGGGGCGGAGGGUGCUGUAUCACGACACCGACAGCAUCGUGUACAUAAGCAGGCCUGGUGAAUAUGAGCCGACCUUAGGCAAUUACCUGGGCGAGCUGACGUCCGAAUUAGCCCCAGACGAAUACAUUGCUUCGUGGGGUGCGCUGGGACCAAAAAGUUACUGUUACCGACUCAACAACGGGAAAACACAAAUGAAAUGUAAGGGUAUAACUCUAAAUUACGACACCUGUCAAAAGGUAAACUUUGACAGUAUGAUCGGAUUGAUUGAAAACUACAUCGGAGGCUGUAGGAAUAACCCCACUAUAAUGACGCACUACAACAAAAUCGAACGCGACAUGAAAAGUUUUCGCCUGUUUAAUAGGCCUCUAGAUAAAAAGGUCAGGGUCGUCUACGACAAACGCAGAUUGCUGACUAGCGGGGAAACUCUGCCUUUUGGUUACUGAAAUGUAAAACUAGCAGCAUGGUCUUUAAAAACCUGUUAAAGUUUUUUCAAACAUGUUCAUUUGUUUUAAACUGAAAAGUUUUUCCAAAGAUGUUUUUUAAAAAUCAAAGAUGUACAA